AGAUCUUCUGUAACUCGUCUCCCCCUGUCAACUCCAAUCUUCCUCCGUCAUCACCUAGUCUCGAGGAAUGAUGCUCGUCGACGGUGUUGACAGAGACUGGGCCCUCGAGAUAUUCAGGGAAAGCCUAAGGACAUCUCGUUCUUCGCUUGAUAAUGAUAUUUCUAUUUUAUCUGGCGGUAUCCCAGGCCGAAAGAUCCCGACCGAUCCCGAAAGUCUUCAAUACCUGCGAGAACUAAUUACUUCCAUCCUCGACGGCCGCACCAUCGUCUUCGCCUACAACAUCGUUCUGCUUGCCAUACUUAUAUCAUUUGCUUUAUUUCAUCUCCGCGAAAGGAUAAGAGAGAAAUCUAGAUGGAGAAUAAUUGAGCAAGACUCAGCUGCAGCUUCAGAAAACCCGAGGAAGACAUCCGAUGGCUCCGAGAUCGUGAACGAGAGCGAGGCCGAAUCUUCUUCCAGUAGCACUCUAGAGGGUUCCCUAUCAUCGCACAUCUUACUUAAAGUAGCUGAUGAAGAUGUCGAGAGACAACCUCUCCUUCGAACCCAGCGAAAGUCGCAUCUAGGGAAUUCAAGGAUUCAUUGGUUGAACGGCCUGAGGUCUCUGUUACUAUACCAGCCCCGACCGGUCCCAAUAAUCAAUCGGACUUUACCAUCAAAUGGAACUUCUCUCUCCGUCUUAGCCUUCCUCGGCCUCAACGUCUUUUAUCAUUUCUAUAAACUUCCCCUAGAACUAAGAUUCUUCUUUGCUUUUGCCGAUCGAGCUGGUAUUAUAUUUAUCGUCAAUCUCCCUCUUCUUUACCUUCUUGCUGCCAAGAAUCAGCCACUUAAAUUGCUCACUGGGCAUUCAUAUGAAGCUCUCAACAUCUACCAUCGCCGCGUCGGCGAACUACUAUGCUUUGAAGCAUUUGUACAUUUCGCAGGCAUGCUCGUCUGGAGAAUCUGGCUUUCGCCUUCUUGGCUAGCGACCGAUAGUUUUUAUAGCUACAUCACACACCCACUGAUCCUACUUGGUAUUGGCGCGUUUAUAUCCUAUGAAUUGCUAUAUUUUACAUCGCUCGGAAGUUUUCGAGAGAGAUGGUACGAGAUUUUCCUAGCCUCUCAUGUCGUAUUGCAAAUCGCAGCGCUGGCGUUCCUCUGGCUACACUUCCACACAAGCCGACCAUACGUGUUUGCUUCGUUGGUUAUUUUCCUUGUGGAUAGACUUUUUUGGCGCCUGUGGAUGAAAUCCGACACUUUCACUGCGGAUGUUACGAUUUUAGAUGAUGAACAAACCCUCCUUCUAUCCGCGGAUUGGCAUAUCCCUUCAUCUAGAAGCCGGACGUGUCGAGGCCCCUUUCGGCAGAGCAUUCGUCACGGCUGGAAACCGGCCGAUCAUGUUUUUAUUUCGGUCCCCGUGCUCGGCCGUAGUCACUCACUGCAAGCUCACCCGUUCACUAUUGCAUCCGCCGCCCCCGUGGCCGAUUAUGAACGCUCGUCGAAUCACGCUUGGUUAGGCUUGCUCAUUCGAGUACAAUCUGGUUUCACAUCUGGUCUUCUAGAUUAUGCUCGCAUGAAUUCGAGAGUGGCCGUCCGUUUAGAUGGUCCGUAUGGAUCUCAGGAUCCCCUCAAUAUGCUAAGAUCGUGUGAAAACGCAGUCCUCAUCGCCGGUGGAUCUGGGAUUGCAGUCGUUUUCCCCAUGGCAUGGAGCCUGGCCACAAGUCACCAUGGAAAGAGACAGCUUCAUCUUAUUUGGGUGAUACACUCACAAGCUCAACGCUCAUGGAUACCGGAAGAGAGGAUCACUGAAUUGCGGAGCUUCGGGGUACACAUAACCAUCCCUGAACCAACGAGUGAGGCCGGCAGACCAGACAUCCCCGGCCACAUCGCCGAUUUGGUUGCUACUUCAGAGGGGAGGGUAGGUUUUGUGAUUUCAGGACCCGAUGGUCUGAACAGAACCUCACGGAAUGCUUGCGCGGAGGCGGUCAAGUCGGGAGCUGACAUUCAACUUCGAGUUGAGAAAUUUGGCUGGUAAGGGACCGGAUAGGCGUUUUGUGUUUUUGGAUAUCAUGAAGAAUGCAUUAUGACGGUUACGUACCUUACUUCCCAAGUAAGUAGGUACCAGGAUAAGGAUACAAUAUGCAAGGUUUGGCACAGAGUCCAGCCUAGAGGAUAAGAUAUGAGUCGCUUAUAGAGGAUGACGCUAAAGAAUUCUGCGUAGAAUAGACGCCCAAAGGAGGGUUAUGAUAUUAACAAGGUAUAAAUACUAUUAGACAUUUAGUAUGGAUAUUUUCAAUAUUCUCACCACAGCCCAAGCCCCGCCAAUCAUUACCGCUUACUUCAUAUGUCUAUCCUCCUCAGCCUCGUCACCGCAUGGUGGAUAACACCUUUCAUUUAUCACUUGAGGUGACGGCGGAGCUUGUCUUACAUGUCGAGAGC